CCGACGCCGGAGACUGUGCGGUACAAAGGCAGCCACUUCCUGUAUUUGAUUGCGAAACCGCGAAAAUGGCAACAAAGCAGACAGAGUUGAAGCCAAAGUGUAAAUAUGGAGCUAAGUGCUACAGAAGGAAUGCUGACCACAUCAAAGCCUACAGUCAUCCCAAGAGGAAAGCAGACGACGAGGAAGACACUCCAGAUUCUCAGACUGGGGGCGGGGAUCAGCCAAAGAAGAUAAGAGCUGCCCCAGACACCCCGAACAAGGACAAGCCAACAAAGUCGGAUGUCGACCCAGACACCACAAGCAAGGGAGUCCCUGAAGAAAAAACAGAUGAGGACAAUGCGGAUGAAGAGGAUGUGAGUGAGAGUGAUGAGGAAGAUGUGGACGCCUCGCCCAUGAACCUGAAGCAGUACAUCCAACACAAGUACCUGGUCGAGAUGCCGCAGGACUUCUAUGAUUUCUGGGAAUUCUGUAAGGCUGAAGACUCUGCUGCUCCCACAGAUGUGUUCAAGAGGGUGCUCGGAUUCCAGCUGGUCGGUCCAUUCGACAUCAUGGCAGGGAAGCAUGAAGGCGUCACUCACAACUCUCGGGGAAAGAAGCCCAACUACCUACGACACUGGCGAUACUACUACGACCCUCCAGAGUUCCUCACUGUCAUCAGGGGAGACGAUGACACACAGUUCCACAUCGGCUACUACAGGGAUGACCCCAAGGAGAUGCCAGUGUUUCUGGCAGCAAAUGCUGCCAAGACAAGCUUUACCCUCACACCAAGGGGAGACAACCUGUUUGCUGCUGUCAGCUUCUACAUGAAGGAGAGACUGAAGGGGAAGGAGCUGGGUGGAGGGGACCGUAAGUGGCUGGAGGGUGUGUCCCAGAGGUUGGGGGAGCAGGCCGGGGUGCUGGAACUCUCUCUGGACACACGUACCAAGGCAAUGAAGAGCCGACAGAAGAAGGUGGUCUGUGACAGCUUCCACGGUGCAGGCAUCGUCGUCCCUGUCGAUGAGAAUGAGAUCGGCUACAGACCAGUACCAGAAACUCCAGGUGACCUGAAGAAGAUCCUGAAGAAAAUUGUGGAGGCACGGACGGAGACGGAGAGGAACAAGUUCUUCGACCCGCUGCAGGAGCUGAUCACGCUGGUGCAGUUUGCCAAUGAUGAGUGCGACUACGGUGAGGGUCUUGAGCUGGGGAUGGACCUGUUCAGCUUCGGUGGCAAGGUCUUCCACUCCACCAUCCUCCAUCUCCUUCCCCUUGCCUACCAACUACUUCGACGAACUCAGUAUGCCAAGAUCAUCUCUACUCACUUGCGACACCGGCGACAUACUGCUGACCUGAGUGAACUGGACUAGAUGCUGAGUCACUGAAAGUAAUGGGUUAUGAGUGAUCAAGAUCUGUAAAUUUGUAUGAUAAAUUUUUAGAAACAGACA